ACUUGAAACUACAAGAGGGAAACAGCUACAGAGCUGCUCACAUAGCCUCAAAUUCUGCAGAAGUUUGGAAACCAUUGCUCUAGGUUGUAAAUUCCUCCGAGAGAAGUCACUGCUGUAAUGAAGGUAGGUAAUGAGGAAAGGGGGCAAGGCUUGGGAGCUGGGGGAGUUGGCAGGAACUGGAGAAGCAAGCUGAGGGACAGUCCACAACCCCACACAGCGUGGUACCUGCCCGCAGGGAGGGAUCUAGAGUCCAUCUGGUCCAGGCCUGUGCCUCUGGGUGCCUCGAUGGCCCCAUCUUGCAGCUCUGCCCCUCUUUCCUUUGCAGACAAGAUGCAGCGACUGUGUGUGUGCGUGCUGAUCCUGGCGCUGGCUCUGGCCACCUUCUCUGAAGCUGCUUGGAAGCCUGGCUCCCGGCAGCAGGACGCACCCUCAGGUCCAGGGGCAAAUAGGGGCCUGGAGCCACACUGGCUGGACCGGCUGGGUGCAGCCCCUCACCAGCGAAGGCAGCUGGGGCUCCAAGGUCCUCCACAGCUGGUGGCAGACCUGUCCAAGAAGCAGGGACCGUGGGUGGAGGAAGAAGAAGCAGCAUACGGAUGGAUGGACUUCGGCCGCCGCAGCGCUGAGGAAGGGGACCAGCAUCCCUAGAACGGAGCUUCAAAGCCCAGACAUC